CUCCUAUCGUCUAUAUUAUUGUCCUGGUGUUGGAUGCUGCAUGCAGUUUAACAUUCGGCCUUUAGUGUUGCGCUUUUAAGAGUAGCCUUCAGUGGCAGGAAGGAGAGACGUGAUUAUAAAUAAGACAAUGAUUACAAAAGUAGCGUCAGAUGUGGGGAGGAUCUUCCUGUUGGUGUGUCUGGUCUUCAGCGUCCCACCCUGCAGCACCACCUUCAGGUUAACGAGUCCAUGGGGAUGGAGGUGUAUAAAUGAGACAUGCGUGAAGCAGGAGAACGAUGGUGUUCGCAGCCUAGCUGAUCUCAGCACAUGUAAACUGACCUGUGGUCAAGACAGCACCAUCUGGCCCUCACCCACAGGCUUCCUCAAAAUAGCUCCACAGACUGUCCACUUCCUGCUGGAGUCCCUGACGCUGCGAGGGAUAACAGCUCCGACGGAUCAAGUAAAGGAACUGGUAGAGAAGGCCUUCCAUAUCUUCAGAGACAAUGUGGGAAAAAACAUACCUGAGGGAGGAGGCAAAGCAACGGUGAUGGGCCCCUUCCACAAACAGGUGACCAGUCAUCGUGUGUUCGUAGCUGUAACUGUUACAGGAAGAGUCACUAGACUGUCACUGGAGACGUCAGAGGCCUACACCCUGGGCAUCACCACCCGGGGGGACGUUACCAAUGCUACAGUCCUCGCUGGUGACUUCUUCGGCGCACGUCAUGCCUUGGAGACGCUCUCUCAGCUGAUCGAGUACGAUGAACUGGCUGGCGUUCUUCAGAUCGUGUCUACGGCGGCAGUGGUCGACGCUCCAGUCUACAAGUACCGAGGCAUUCUCCUUGAUACCUCCCGAAACUUCUUCAGCGUGAGGGCCAUUGAACGCACCUUGGACGCAAUGGCGGCCAGCAAGCUCAACACACUCCACUGGCACAUCACAGACACACACUCCUUUCCACUGUACCUUGAGAGCCUACCCAGAAUGGCUUUCUUUGGCGCCUAUUCACCCCGUGAGAUCUAUCGGGCGGCAGAUGUUCGGCACCUGGUGGAAUACGGUCGUGUGAGAGGGGUUCGGGUGCUGCCUGAGUUUCCUGCUCCUGCCCACGCAGGCAACGGGUGGCAGUGGGCCCAGAAGCAGGGUUUGGGCAAGCUAGGUGUCUGUCUCAACCAGGAGCCGUGGCAGUCAUACUGUGUGGAGCCGCCCUGUGGUCAACUCAACAUCAUCAACAACAACACGUACAACAUCUUGGCUCAGAUCUACAAGGAACUGCUGGACAUUUUCUCUCCGCUUGACCUGUUUCAUUUCGGAGGAAGCAAGGUGAACCUUAACUGCUGGAACACGACAGAAGAGAUCGUGGCCCAUCUAGAGAAAGAGGGCCAUGGCCGAGACCACGAAUCGUUUUACAGACUUUGGGGAAGCUUCCAGAAGUCUGCUCUCGACCUCCUUACUCAAGCCAACCAGGGUAAACAGAUUCCUGGCAUCUUAUGGACCUCUCAACUUACGGAGAAGGAUCGCAUUGAGAGUCACCUAGACCCACAGCAAUAUAUCAUCCAGAUCCUAACGAAUAGGACUGAUAAGAUGAUCAAGAGCCUACUAACAAAGGGUUAUCGGGUUAUCUUCAGCAACCAGGAUGCCUGGAAUUUGGGAUGUGGGUUUGGAAACCUGAGUCCUAGUGGUAAAAGUUGGUGUAUUAACUACAAGGGCUGGCAAGCCGUCUACGACAACAGUCCGAACAACAUUUCAGCAACACUUACUGGAUCUUCACACAGAAAUCUUAUUCUUGGAGGAGAGGCAGUCCUCUGGAGUCAUCAUGUGGACGACACCACUCUAGAUUCAAAGCUUUGGCCCCGUGGAGCGGCUCUGGCUGAGCGCUUGUGGACCAACCCAGACACCAACUGGGAAGCCGCAGAGACCCGCUUCGUCCACCACAGACAACGACUGGUCAGGAGGGGUAUUAUGGCCCAGCGUGUCCAGCCCGAAUGGUGCCGCCAGAACGAAGGUCACUGUUACCUGUGAGCUGUCACCAAUGAUCUACAAGGAAUAUAUUAAUGUUUAUUUUACAUCAGGUGUAAAGAGUGGUGGGACCAGGUCUUUGAUGUUAAGCUGGUGAGAGAACCUGCUUCUUCAAUUGUAUUUUUGUUCAUAGUGCCACUGCAGUGUGCCUGUGUGCAAGACGGUGCAUUAGUUUAAUUUUUGUGUUAACACGUGGAACUACGAUGGUAAUUAUAGGGAUUAUAUUAAAUGAAUGCAUGAUAUUAAUUUUCUAUGACAGCGAGUAGCAAGGAAGUCUAAAGGUGUAAAUAAAUUAGCUAUAUACACCUCUCAGUGUAUCCAUGCUGAAAGAUACGCUAAGAGGUGCAGACACACACACACCCCUUUAUAGGUAUGUACACAGACACACUUUUUAGUGUACAUGCUCACCUCGGUGUAUUUACACAGAUAUCUCGCCUGUUUGUAUACGCACACGGAAAUGUACACACCUCUUGUUGUAUAUACGCAUACACGCCUGAAUGUGUGUACACUGAUAGAUAAUACCUCUCGGUACAUACUCCCCUGUGUAAUCAAGUUAUACACCUCUCAUCGGUGUUAUUAAUCCAAGUUACUGGAACUAUUUGUUAUGUAAAUUUUUCACCUGCGCCAUUUAUCAGCUAAAUAAAUCAGUAGCAAAGUAACCAGAAAAAUGUCGAAUAAUUUUAGCUAAAUACACCAGCUUCAUUAUUAUAUUAAGAAUUCCUUAUAUUAAGUACAACUAUAUAUUAGAUCAAUGAAAAUAUAUAUGUUGUAUACCAAUGAAGAAUUAUAAGAUGAACUGCUGGGUAGUGAUCUUUAGUUAUUUUUAAUUGGGAUGAGCAACCUAGCUCCCUUAACCCAGAGGAUGUUGAAGCAGUCACUGGUCCGCAUUUGAUAAAAGUCGUAUCAGGGAGACUGUUGUCAUGUGUGUUGUCAAGACAGUCGUUAAUGGUAUUUAUACACUUGUUCUAGGGAAUAAUUAUAUUUUUUAUCAAAACAGUAUAACAUAGGCUUGGCCCAUGUCCAUUUAUUUUACUGACUUGCCAAAUAUUAGUGCAAAAUUAAGUGUUUAACUAGUGCUAUUAAGAUACAUCUUGAACAACGAUAACUACGAGAUUUUUAAGAUAAUAUUGAGGUAACUUAAGAGAGCGAUGACUCUACAACACCUGUCAAAAUAAUAAUAAUAUGGAAGGGCCCCACUUAUGCAGCAAGUUAGGUUCCUGGCUACGGCUGUAAAGCUAAAAUUGCUGUAAAGUGAAACAGUUUUCUUCACUUUCAAAUGUAUAUAAAAACCUGAUAACAUGUUUAUUAAGUGAGCAGUAAAGCUAGGCCUAAAAAAAUGCAUAUACAGUACACAUUAUUUACCUUAAAAUAUUUUCGUCCUUAGCUUAUAGUGAGUGGUGAAUAUAUUUAUUGUAGGAAAUCUGAAUAAAUGGUGAAUAGGUAUAAUUGAAAACCGCUGCAUUAACAAAAUGCCGUAAAGCGAAUCACUGUGAAUGGGGGAGGGGAUCCUCCUGUAUCCGGAAAAAAGUCGAUUGAAUGAAUGAUUGUGAAUGUGUUUUAUUUUUUGGCUCAUCCCACCUUACCGGGAGACAGCCUUUUGAAUUAAAAAAGGGAUAGAAAGUAUAAUAAUAAGUUAACAUAUGACUUAAGACUAGUCAAGAGGAACUUCUGUACUUUGGCAAAUAAAACACGAUCACCACUGCAGGGUUGUGUCAGACACGGCAGUCUGCACCUGCAGUGUAUCUUCUCUGUAGUACUGUAUUCAAGUGCCUUGAUGCUGUUGAGGGCUCUUAAUCCAAGCAGUUAGGGGUACUCUUUCCGUCUAUCAAACCUGAUUACCUCUUAUUCCCCAGGCACUGAAUUACCUACUGUUUCAAAUGAAAUUAUAUGAUGUGA